AUGGCGACUUCGAGACAAAUUGAGUCUACUGAUAUUCCUCUGGCGCAGCUAGGACAGGCCCCAGACGGGCAGCAUGCACAGGAUGCCGUUCCGCCCGAAGAUGCCCGUUCACAAGUUGAACGGUGGAAUCAUCCGCGGUCAAACAUUGUCAAGCUGGGGUUUGCAUUUAUGGCGUUUAUGCUUGUCGGCAUGAAUGAUGCCGCUGUUGGGGCUCUCUUACCAUAUAUUGAAGAAUACUAUGGCCUCAGCAAGACUGUCAUUUCGCUCAUCUUCUUGACACCGUUUCUAGGUUACUCAGCUGCUGCAUUUACCAACGCCCGGAUCCAUGUAGCUUUGGGUCAGCGAGGCAUUGCAGUCAUGGCUCCAGUCUGUCACAUCAUCACAUAUGCCAUUUUGGCCGCGCACCCUCCCUAUCCCGUGCUUGUUAUUGCAAAUACAGUAUCUGGAUUUGGCAGUGGGCUACUCGACGCAUGCUUCUGCGCCUGGGUAGGAAACAUGGACAAAGCCAACACGAUGCAGGGCUUUCUGCAUUCGUUUUACUCGCUUGGUGCGCUCUUCUCGCCCUUGAUUGCUACAGAAAUGGUCGUCAAGGGCGGUCUGCCGUGGUACACCUUUUAUUAUCUCAUGGCUGGUCUUGCAGCCGUCGAGUUUGUCGGUCUGACAUCUUCGUUCUGGAAAAUGACUGGCCAAGUAUACCGCAACGAGCACAGCACAGAAUCUGAGACCUCCACGGGCGCUGGAACACGCGAUGCCCUCCGAUCUCCAGUCACCUGGCUCUGCUCGCUGUUCUUCUUCACUUAUAUGGGCGUCGAGGUCGGUCUGGGCGGCUGGAUCGUCACCUUUAUGCUCAACGUGCGCCACGCUACAGCGUACGCUUCCGGAAUCUCAGCUACGGGUUUUUGGGCGGGCAUGGCUGCCGGACGCGCAAUACUAGGCUUUGUGACGGAGCGGUUUGGCGAGCGCGUGUGCAUCACGGCAUACUUGGUCGCAUGUCUUGCCCUUGAGCUCGUCUUUUGGCUUGUCCCACAGUACGUAGUAUCUGCCGUGGCCGUCGCAUUUCUUGGAUUCUUCCUGGGGCCAAUGUUCCCCGGAGCCGUUAUUGUCACGACUAAGCUGCUGCCGCGACGCAUUCACGUUAGUGCUAUUGGGUUUGCAAUGGCAAUGGGCGGCUCAGGCGGUGCAGUAUUUCCAUUUAUAAUUGGUGCUGUCGCUGCAAACAAAGGUGUCGGUGUACUCCAGCCGAUUGUCAUGGCGUUGAUUGCAGUGGUGGCUAUUACAUGGCUGUGUUUCCCGCGUAUCAAGAAACGCGACUGA